AAUCCAGAAUAUUGUGUUGCUUCAUACAAUAAAAAUGUUGUUGCAGUUAACGAACCUGAUGGACUUGUUUUGGUAUGGAAUAUUCAUACAAAAGAUAAGCCAGAAUAUGUAUUUUAUUCUCAGUCUGAUGUUCUUACAACUAGAUUUUCUGAUUUUGAUCCAAGUAUUGUAAUUGGUGGGACUUAUUCUGGCCAAAUUUUGAUUUGGGACAUGAGAGCAAAAACCUUGCCAGUUCUCAAAACACCACUCGGCACUUCAGGUCAUACUCACCCUGUCUACACUAUGCAAAUGAUUGGCACCCAAAAUGCUCACAAUUUAAUAUCUGCAAGUACUGAUGGUCUAGUAUGUUUCUGGCAAUUGGAUAUGUUGGCUCAACCUCAGGAAACAUUGGAAUUAGUAAAUUCAGAACAUA